UGAUCACAGGCUGUGAACAAGAGGCAGCGAGUGGGAGAGAGGCAGACGAGCCACAACAUCUGAAAGUUUUAAACCUGUGAUCGCGGUAGGUGAUGCGAAACAAGACUGGGGGUUCCUCCAGCAUGUGGAAGGAAAACAAAUUCCACAUCAUGGACUACUUCAGACAGAGACAGAUUUAGGUUUUGCUGCUGAGGGAGGGCAGUCUUUGUCACAUUCUUAUUUAAGGAGAGUGGAAAUAUAAAGAUGAGAUAGGGGAUGUUAAAAAAGAUAGUAAACUAAGUGGUGUACAAACACCGAAACGCAUUAGGUGUCUGGCUGCACUGUGUUCCAGCGCAAAAUGCUGCUUUAAUGUUUAUGAAAGACGUAGCGGCUUGGGAAAACACUUCAAGAAUUGAAACGUCAGAGACCAACAAACUUUACCCUCAGGAGCAGGGAUGCACCGGAUGUCAGAGUUUCAAAUGCCUGGGAAAGUGAGGACCCCUGCUAUCAUUUCACUGUGGAAUUACUAAUCGUGUUGGGAUUACUGCCAGCACUGGAAGCCGUAGUGUUGGACCCGUUUUCGGUGGAUCCUCUACUAAUUGUCAGCUAUUGCUUUUGGUUUGUACACUAAACAAGGGAUGACAUACCCUGUUCACUGGCCCUGAGCUGUCCCACCCUACCCUCUGCCCUUGCCUGUGGGACCCAGUGACCAUGCUGACCGAGUGUCCAACACCAGGAAGAUCAGAGCCCCGAUCCACGCUCAGGCCUGCUGUAACCUCUGCAGCAACAUGUCUCAGGCAGUCGCGGCUCUACUCGGGACUAACAGCUCACGGUCAGGAGAAGAGUCCGGGGUUGAGCUGAAAUGGGCUGCCCUGCUUAUUGUCAUGGUCAUCAUCCCCACUAUCGGAGGUAACAUCCUGGUCAUUCUUGCUGUGUCCCUUGAAAGGAAGCUGCAGAACGCCACCAACUAUUUUCUGAUGUCACUUGCUGUGGCUGAUCUGCUGGUGGGACUCCUAGUGAUGCCCAUUGCCCUCGUCACUGUUCUCUACAACUCUGGCUGGCCUCUUCCGGAGUUCCUCUGCCCCAUAUGGCUCUUCCUUGAUGUGCUGUUUUCUACUGCAUCCAUCAUGCACCUAUGCGCCAUUUCACUGGAUCGCUACAUUGCCAUCAAGAAGCCAAUCCAACACAGUCAGUACAAAUCCAGAGCCAAAGCGAUGGUGAAGAUCGCACUGGUGUGGCUCAUAUCCAUUUGUAUCGCAAUCCCGAUUCCAAUUAAGGGGCUUAAGGACUACCAUCUAACCAAAAAUGUCACCUUCAACAGUAACCACACAUGCCUGCUGAAAACAGACACCUUCCGGGAGUUUAUCAUGUUUGGCUCCUUGGCAGCAUUUUUCAUCCCUUUGACCAUCAUGAUGGUCAUCUACCUGCUUACUGUCCAAGUGUUACGCAAAAAGGUUUAUUUGCUCAAGUCAAAGGUGAGCCAGCGCUUUAGCUACCCGACAGUCUCCACAGUUUUUCAAAGGGAACAUGGUGUGACCUCACCUCAAGCAGAGCAACUGAAAAUGCUAGACAGCAGACUUCCCAGGACGCAAGAAAAAUCAAACACGGUAACAACGAACUCUCCUACAGGAGAUGAAAUGUCCUUUCGCAGAAUGUCAACAAUGGGCAAGAAGUCAAUGCAGACUCUGAGCAAUGAGCAGCGUGCCUCAAAGGUGCUAGGCAUAGUCUUCCUUUUGUUCGUGGUAAUGUGGUGCCCUUUCUUCAUCACUAAUAUUACCUCAGUGCUGUGCACCAGCUGUGAUGUUAAUGUAAUCGCUCGCCUCAUGGAGAUCUUUGUUUGGGUUGGUUAUGUGUCAUCAGGUAUCAACCCACUUGUCUACACCUUAUUCAACAAAACCUUCAGACAGGCAUUCGCACGUUAUAUUACCUGUAAUUACAAAAGCUGUGCAAGUCAUAGGCCAGGAAGGCACCCAAGGGCCUCAAAUGCAGAUCGGACCUUUACACGAAUUUCAUUCAGGUCUUCUAUGGCAGAAAACUCUAAACUGUUCAUGAAACGGGGAAUGAAGAAUGGCAUUGGAGCAGUGAGCUACCAAAGUCCACUAAGGUGCCGGCAAACACCUGCACAGUCAUCCACUGGUGUUGUGUUAGACACAAUCCUUCUGACUGAAAAUGAAGAUGGUAAGCAGGAGGAACACGUUAGCUGUGUAUAGAGCUAUUUGGAAAAAUUAUCCAAUUAAAAAGGGAGCACUUGAAGUGGAUCAGAUCUACGGUGCAAACUUUACAUCUCUUUAAAGACAAAAUGCUAGCUCUAUCAUCAUAAUUCAAAAUGCAUGAUUGGAAGCUGCUGUUGCACUCACUUUGAUAUAAGGUCAGGACUUACAACAAAAUCUAACCCGUUGGUGUCUGAUGUUGCUGCUGUUUGUUUAUAUCAGCAAUGUUUUUUUUAAUAACAAAAGCAGGAAAAGGCAAUAUUUUCAAGUAUGUCAUUCUGGAAAAACACACAAAAUGUUACUUUUCAUCCAUAAUUAAAAUUGCUCCAUUAUAUCUAUGAAUAUAUAUGGGGAAAAUAUCACUCGGUGGGUUUUUAAAAACAGGCUACUUCAACACUGUGAAUUUUCAAAGACAGCGUUCAUAGACCGUUCAUAGCGCACACAAACAGAGUUUGAGGAUGUGAAAGGUCUAUGAAAGGUCUAGAUUCAACAAAGUUCAGGCCACCAGACAAAAAUGUGAGGAAUGAAGACAUUAUGACAAGCCGUAAACCCUAUGACAGUAUACAAUAUAUUCCUUUGCUGAUCCUUUCAACUUGGGCUAACUAAAUAAAUAUGCGGUAAACCAUUGCAGACUACAUGCUUAUAUUUUCAGACAGCCACAACUAUACGUUUCAAAUCUCUUUUGCAACAGACACAUGCAUUGCACAAUGCAUUGUUCUCUUGAUAUGAUUUAUUUUAUUACUUACUUAUUUUAUUUGCUGGACCUAUGGGAAGCGCUUUUGUAUGAGUAUUGCAGCCUGAUGUUUUAACAUGCUAAAAGAUUUCCAUGUUAAAGACUGUAUAUAAGAAUGAACAAAAUCCAGAAUAAAUGGAAACCUAAAUGUGUUCAAUAAAGUAUUUUCUGUGUCGAUGAACUGAAAGAAAACUGUACCAAUUUUGAGUAUGUGUUCUUUCACUGUUAAUGUCUA